UCCGCGCCGCGCAGCACCCGCGCUCCGACCGCACCGCCCGUCUCCUACCUGCCGCAGAGAUGGCAAACAAGGGCCCGUCGUACGGCAUGAGCAGGGACGUGCAGUCCAAGAUCGAGAAGAAGUACGAUGACGAGCUGGAGGAGCGGCUGGUGGAGUGGAUCGUGGCGCAGUGUGGGGCUGCCGUGGGUCGCCCUGAGCGGGGCCGCCUGGGCUUCCAGGUCUGGCUGAAGAAUGGCAUCGUCCUGAGCAGGCUGGUGAACAGCCUCUACCCCGAUGGCUCCAAGCCCGUGAAGAUCCCCGACCCCCCCACCAUGGUCUUCAAGCAGAUGGAGCAGAUCGCCCAGUUCCUCAAGGCAGCCGAGGACUAUGGUGUGGUCAAGACUGAUGUGUUCCAGACCGUCGACCUCUUUGAAGCCAAGGACAUGGCGGCGGUGCAGAGGACGCUGAUGGCCCUGGGGAGCCUGGCGAUCACCAAGAACGAUGGGCACUACCAGGGGGACCCCAAUUGGUUCAUGAAGAAAGCGCAGGAGCACAAGCGGGAGUUCACCGAGAGCCAGCUGAAGGAGGGCAAGAACGUCAUCGGCCUACAGAUGGGGAGCAACAAGGGGGCAUCACAGGCGGGGAUGAGCUACGGGCGGCCCCGGCAGAUCAUCAGCUAGGCACCCCCCCCCCGGCCGGGACCGCGUCCGCUCCCCCCGGCCCAGCGCCGGGGCCGCCACCGCCCCUCACACUGGUAUUUAUUGGCAAGAACGCGCCCGCCAUCGCCAGCGCCGCUCCGCAGCCAUGGGCUGAGCCCGGAGCCACCCGCAGCCCCGCCGCAGCCACCGCCGCAGAGACCCUCGCAUCGGGGAGGGAGGAGAAUUGGCCUCGGUUUUCUACUUGGUUUUUUGUCAAAAUUAAAAGGUUCUUCAUGUA